UCAGGUGCGAGGUCACUGGGGGCUUUGUUUACAAAUGGACGACACAGCGAGAAGUCGGAAGUAGCAAUUGUAUACGGCGACACGGAAAAGAAACAAAUCUCUAAACAUCACUAGUAGGGAAUGCAUAGUUUUUAUCACCUGGCUAGUUGCUAAUUAUCAAAUCCUGGGGCAGUAUGACUGGUUCCGCCCCACCUGCAGCUGACUCCACCCACAGCCAUGAUGAGGAAAGUCUCAUCAAACGAUUGCUCCUCCCACUGGACAUCCUGCAGACCGACUGUCUCCACACACAUCACUGGACACUCAUCCUUGCUGCAACAUCACUUAGUCUGUUCUUCAUCUUCAAAAAGACACAGAAACGUCUUCCUCCAGGCCCUUGGACUUGGCCAUUGAUCGGCCACAUCAACUACUUCCGCAACAAGCCCCAUAUCAAGCUGUCCAACCUCAAAGAGAAGUAUGGAGAUAUCUACCGUCUGCGAAUGGGCAGCCAUAAAUUUGUGGUUGCUUGCUCGCUAGAUGCCGUUUUGGAAGGGCUGAUACAUAAAGGUGGAGAUUUCAGUGAUCGACCUGACUUUGAGGUGUGUCACAUCCUGUAUAAUGGAAACAGACAUCAAGGCAUCAGCACAGCUGAUUAUGAUGAGAAGACUGCGAUGAAGAGGAACUUCCUGGACUUCAGCCUUGACGUUUACUGCUCCAGCUCCGACAACAUCGAGGACAUAGUGGCGGCAGACAUCUUGGAAGUUGUCAAUAAAUUUGUUGAGACUGAGAAACCUCUGGAUCCUUUCUAUACCUUUGAAUCUGCGUGUCUGAACAUCAUGACGAGGCUAGCGUAUGGACAGAGGUUUGACCCAGCAGGUCGAGUCAUGCAAGAAAUCCUAUCAACGUUCCAUGCCCGGAAUUUCGCCAAGUGUUUCAACGCUGUUGACUAUGUGCCAUUCCUGAAAGCUUUCUCUCCGAGAGAAGAUUUGGAGUUUGUUCAAGAAAAGACCCUGCAACAGAUUCUGUAUCAGAGGAAGAUUAUGAACGUGCACAAGGACAGCUAUGAUCCCGGGAGUAUCCGUGAUAUGAUGGAUCAUCUGCUUCUGUAUCUCGAGACCGGGGAGGACCAUGGGUUGAUGGAGAAGGAGGACAUCGACUUCCUCAUGAUGGACUUUGCCAAUGCCGGCUACGAGACCACAGCUGUCGUACUGACAUGGCUUCUGGGCUACAUGGCCAUGAACCCAGACAUCCAGGUCAAGGUUCAACAGGAACUGGAUGGUGUUGUGGGUAAUGACCGACUUCCGUCGCUACAAGAUCAGCCGUAUCUCCCUUAUACAAGUGCUGUUAUCUUUGAAGCAGAGAGACUGGCAUCAGUUUACCCUUUCCUUCAGCCACAUGUCGCCAGGAGCAACUGCCAGUUACAAGGCUUCGACAUAGCGGAGGGCACCAUCUUGCUGCUGAACGUGUGGAGCAUCCACCAUGACAGCCGAUACUGGAAGCACCCGAUGAAGUUCAACCCCAGAAGAUUCCUAACAGAGGAAAACUCUCUGGAGAUUCCUGACCACUUCCUGCCAUAUGGUGCUGGAACACGGCGCUGUCCUGGAGAAAGUCUGGCCGAGAUCAUGCUGUUCUUGUUCUUCUCUACCAUCAUGCAUCAAGUGACCGUCAAGCCAGUCUCCAAGAAUUUCUGCCUGGAAGGAGAGUACGACUUCCUCAUCCGGCCGCAGCCAUUUGCACUGGUGUUUGAGGAGAGAGAAGGCUGAGACUCGACCCCUCUGUCUACAGGACCAGACUUCAUUUACAUCUUCACAGCAAAUGGCUCGUUACUCUCACAAGAUGGGGGCUAUUCUCUCCCACCAUUUCUUGCAGAUUUAGGGUCAGUGGGAUAGCCUAGUGGUUAAAGCGUUCAUCUAUCAUGUUGAAGACCAAGGUUCGAUUCCCCACAUGGGUGCAGUGUGUGAAGCCCUUUUCUGGUG